ACUAAAUCCAGUUGCAGCUACUUGUUAAAAAUAAAUAAAAUAAAAAUAAAAAUAAUCAACAUUACAAAUAUAAUAAAAUGCCUGCCUUCCACAUAGUUGUCAAGCUGCUAAUGUUGCGCCUGCUGUUGGCUAAUUUAUCGGGUCUGUCCGCUUGUCUGGGCUAUGAUUAUGGCUAUCAUCCCAGCGCCGAGGAGUUUGACAGUUUGAAACGUGAAACUCGCAGCUGGACACGCGAUCAUCAACGCCUCCAUGAGCAGCGGAAUAGUUAUGUGCCCCGUUAUCGUUAUCCGCCGGAGUUGCCCAAAUCUCAAUUGGAUUUUCAGCUCUUUGGCGAUGAUCAAGUGCAGCAGGAGCAACAACCAUAUGUCUAUGAAUCUGUGCCAGCCUUGGAGGCACAGCAUGUGCAGAGUCAGCUCAUUGAGAUUACAGAGAAUCCAGCAACAGCAACAGCAACAACAUCAAGUGGAAACAAUGUUAGUUUUCCAAUAUUCUUUACAAAUCCCGCCACAGGCAUUGUGUAUGCCAUUAGCGAGGUGGGACGGAAUACAAGACAAUCCCAGAGCUGGCUGGGAAUGGCCAAUGACAGCGAUGCCAUUGCCAUUUAUGUGACCAAGCAGCAAUACGAUGCCGACUUGCAGUCAUUGCGCCAGAAAUACGAGCAGGAAUGUGCUCCAUCCCAAACCCACUCCCAAACCCAUUCCCACUCCCCGUCUGUGUUAUCCUCGUCAGCUGGACAACAGACACCAUUGGCAUUGACCACAGCACGUCCACAAAUCAUUCGCUUACAAAAGCCGCCCAAGAAAUUGUCCACCACAGCACACAGCAACAAGUUGCCCGCACAUAAGCCACCGCCAGUGAUGGUAACCACCAGUGCCAACUCCGCACCGGGAGCAGGCGGGAUCAUCAGUGAUCAGCUGAAGCUGCCCACAACACCAAAGCCAACUGCAAAGCCGAAGCGUGGCAAACGCAAGCGGAAAAGGAAACCAGCGAAGCGACGACCAGGUCACAAAAUGGCCACCACCAGCACAGUGGCACCAACACCACAAAUAGUGCUGGGCAAGCGGACGACAAAGCGACCGUCUCUGGCCACGCAGCUGGAGAAGCCGCACUUGACGCCAUCAACAACAGUUGCGGGCACCACAAUUUUCAAUGAGCAACCGUUUGUGGUGUCCAGCGGUUACAUUGAGUUGCCACAACAACAACAACGACGACGACGACGACGCCGCCGCUCGAUGGAGAAUGAAGUCUUGGGCUCAGUUGCAGCCAGGCCCAUAAGUAGCGGUAAGACGCGACCGCGUCCUGGUGGCAACAAUCGCAGGCGUCCCAGCAGCGGCAGCAACACUGGACGCGGUGGCAAGGUAAACCGUCAGUCUGCCACGCCCACCAAGCACAAGAAAGGGGAACGGGAGUCCGGUUAUCGUGUGCCGCCAGCUGUGCAUCUGCUCCAUGCCAGGCACAAUGAGAGCGGCGAGAACAGAGAGGAGAGAACAAGGAUCAAGGCGAGAAGACGCAGUGCCGAGACGGAUUUUGAUAUAUUUGAUAUAAUCAGCGGUGGUGAUUACGAGGACAAUGAUGAUUCCUACUACGAUCAGGAGGAGCAAAAGGAAAAGCAACCAAUAAAAGUUACCAAGCGAAAAAAAAACAACAACAGCACCAAGGAAAAGGGGGAGGGGGAGGGGGAGGUGAACAGCAGCUCAGCGGAGGAGGGUGCGGAUUUUGGUGCCAUGGAAGAGGAGACGCCAAAUAACAGCAGCAGCAGCACAACAACAACAACAAAAGCCACACCAUCCAGCAGCACAGAGGAAGCAUCCGAGCAGGAGCAGGAGCAGGAACAGGAGCAGGAACAGAACCAGGAGUCGGAGUCGGAGGAGACGCCUUCCAGCAGCAAACAAAGCAGCAAUAAAAAACGCAUUAAACGUCGUCCAACUGCCGACGACAAAAGCUCCGAUGAGUACGACUACAAUGAUGAGGAUGACGAGGAUGAUGACGAGGAAGAGGAUUCAGAUUCCGAAUCCGAGUCCGGCAUCAGCAGCUUCUUUCGCAUGAUUUUCUAUCCAGUGCAGCUGGCAAUGUCGCGACUCUUUGACGGAUUCACGAGUCAGUCGGCUGAGCAGAGUGUGCAGAAGCCAAAAUAUCCCAGUUAUACACUCUAUCAUAGCGCCCACAGCAACAAUGAUUUGGCCAUGGACGAGCCGGAAUAUGAGGAGGAGGAGGAGGAUAGUGAUCGUGUGGAUGAGGGCAGCUCAUUGGGCAGCUGGUUUAGUUACUGGUUUGGCAACGGGCGGCGCACCAAAAAAAUUGGCAGCACCACAGCCAUGCCUCCUUCGCCUCCGCCUGCUGCUCCUGCUCCUCCUGCGGCUCCGGAGCCAACCGGUUGGCUGGAAUCCUGGUUUGGUUUUGGCAAGACAACAACUGAAGCGUCCAGCGAGGAGGAUGACUAUGACAAGUGGUUUUCCGGCUGGUUUGAUGCCACGCCCAAGCCAAAGGCGCGACGUCGCAAAACAACCACAACAACGAGCACCACAUCGACAACAACAACAUUGCCACAAAUGCCCAUUUUGACCAUUGUGGAUCCCCUGCGUAAUCCACAAAACUGGAUUGGCAUAUUGGCCCAUCAUAUUGUGAAUGCAACGGGUGGUGCUGCCACCUCAACCUCAACCACAACCAACAAUCCCCUGUUGCAGGCGUUGGUUACGCGUGCCACAAGCACCACAACACCACAGCCGGAUCUGCCGCGACGGAUCAGCUAUGAUAAGUAUCAAAUUUGGCGAUUAAAACCGCAGGAUGAGCCUCAGGUGCGUGUGCUGGAGGAGUUUAAAAAGGGCGAGGAUGGCAACAAGAUGCAGUGGCUCAAGGGACCAAGUCUCAGAGGCCUUACGGAUGUGCUUGUGCCGCCAAAGAUGCUGGUGGACUUUCAGGGCACCCUCAAUUUCGAGGGCAUUGCCCAUGAGGUGCUCAUCUUUGACGUUGGCAAGGCCAUUUCCUAUGAGCGCACCAAGGAGCAGUACCUCUAUACGACAACAAGGCGACCCAAUAAACAUCCAGUGACACCACCACCCAUGACAUGGAAUAAGUAUUACGAACAUGAUGACAUCCUCAAGUAUCUGGAAACGAUGCGAAUGCGACACGCGCAGCUCGUCGAGCUCAUACACAUCGGACGGUCGUAUGAGGGUCGUCCCCUCAUUGUCGUCAAGAUCGAGUCCAAGCAGACUGCGGCUGCGGCGACAGCAGCUGCUGCCUCCAGCUAUAAGCGUCUGAAGCACAAACGUCGUUCUGGCCAGGCUAAUGCCGUGUUCAUUGAGGCUGGCUCUCAGGGUCUCGCUUGGAUUGGACCCGCCUCUGCCACAUGGAUGAUCGGGGAGCUGCUUCGACUAAUGCGUGCAAACAAAAGCGACGUGGAGCAUGAAUUCAUACGUAACACCACGUGGUACAUAAUGCCGGUGCUCAAUCCGGAUGGUUAUGUGUACAGUCAUGAGUACGAUCGGUUCUGGAAGAAAUCGCGCUCUCAGCACGUGGCCAAGGCGUCGAGCGGUCUGCUCGACUCGGCGAUGACGUGGCUGCAACAGAAGCGGACCAAGGAUAAGGUCUGCUAUGGCGUCGACUUGGAUCGCAAUUGGCUGUAUCAUUGGGGCAAACGUGGCAGCUCCAAGGGACCAUGCAACGAAUUCUAUGCGGGACCAGCGCCCUUCUCCGAGCCCGAAACGAAGGCGGUGUCGGAGUUUCUAAUGGAUUACAGGACGCAAAUAAAGCUCUACAUUUCACUGCAGGCUUAUGGUCAGGUGGUGUCCUAUCCGGUCAAGGCGAACUCCACCUUCAAUGUGGAACGCAUGGAUGAUUUCCUGGAUGUGGCCAUGGUUGGCACCGAUGGACUGCGCAAGAAGGGCAGCAAAUCCCGCUACAAAGUGGACUCGGCCAACGAUUUAAUUGAACAGCGCUCGGGCUGUGCGGAUGCCUUUGCCGCCUUUGAGAUUGGCAUACCCUUUAGCUAUACCCUGCAGCUGGCCGAUAACGGCGUACACGGCUAUCUACUGCCCAGCAGUGCCAUUGAGCCAACGGCCCGGGAUGCCUUCGAGAUAAUUAGCGGCAUGUUGGACUAUAUCUAAGACCCACUGUUUUAUCUAUUAAAUAUGGGCUACAACUCAAAUCUUAGUUCCUUUUUAAUGGCGCAAUAUAUUAGUUACAUAUA